GAAAAAAAUACAGAUGGUCGGUAUCUCUCUCUCAAUCGGAUUUAUGUUUUGAAAAAAACGAAAAAAACUAAACUAAGUUCGGCCCUUGGCUUCGCUGCGCAAGAGGGUUGUAACAUUGUUAGCAGGAUUUGGACAGACUUGUCCCCUUGCUCCUCUCUCUCCUCUUAAUUUUCCCAUCUUCAACUUCUCUCUCUCUCCCCCCUCAUACCUACCGCAGGAAUCACUUGCCCUCUUGAUCUAUUUCUCUCUCAUUUUCCUUUCAAAAAAUCUCCACCUCAUCUAAAUGGUCUUCUAAAAAUAGAAUGAAUCAGGAAUCAGAUAUCCCUGAAUUUGUUGAAGUUGAUCCCACAGGGAGAUAUGGCAGGUACAAUGAAAUCCUUGGCAAGGGUGCUUCAAAAAUAGUGUAUAGAGCCUUUGAUGAGUAUGAAGGGAUUGAGGUUGCUUGGAACCAAGUGAAGCUUUAUGAUUUCUUACAGAGCCCUGAAGAUCUUGAGAGGCUCUAUUGUGAGAUCCACCUCCUCAAGACUCUCAAUCAUAAGAACAUCAUGAAAUUCUACACGUCUUGGGUUGACACAUCAAAGAGAAAUAUCAAUUUUGUCACUGAGAUGUUCACCUCCGGCACUCUCAGACAGUAUAGGCAGAAGCAUAGGAGGGUCAAUAUUAGAGCAGUUAAGCACUGGUGCAGGCAAAUCUUAAAGGGUCUUCUUUAUCUCCAUAGUCACGAUCCACCUGUUAUUCAUAGAGAUCUCAAGUGCGAUAACAUCUUCAUAAAUGGCAAUCAAGGGGAGGUCAAGAUCGGCGAUCUUGGCCUCGCCGCAAUUCUUCGCAAAUCUCAUGCUGUGCAUUGUGUCGGGACUCCUGAAUUCAUGGCUCCUGAGGUCUAUGAAGAGGAAUACAACGAAUUAGUUGACAUUUAUUCUUUCGGGAUGUGCGUGCUUGAAAUGGUCACCUUUGAGUAUCCUUAUAGCGAAUGCACACACCCGGCACAAAUCUAUAAGAAAGUUGUUUCAGGGACUAAGCCCGAUGCUUUGUACCGAGUUGAAGAUCCUGAAGUGAGAGGAUUUGUUGAUAAAUGCUUGGCUACAGUCUCAAGGCGACUCUCAGCGAGGGAGCUUUUAGAAGACCCUUUUCUUCAAAUUGAUGAUCAUGCUCCUGAGUGUAGCAAGGGAGAUAUUAGUGAUAUGGGAAUUUUAUUUAGGCAACCCUCUUUCGAUCUCUUUAAUUCUAGUGGCUUUGUUAAUGGUUAUGCUGAUGAGAUUCAGCAUCAAAGUGAAUCAGGGAAUGAAUGGGAUUAUGAUGGUGUUGAUAUUUCUACUCAUGGAAUAGAUCUCUUCAACAACCAUGAGGAUGAGCCAAUUGCUAAUGUAGAUAUAACAAUCAAGGGGAGAAGGAAAGAAGAGGGUGGCAUCUUUCUUCGACUUAGGAUCUCAGAUAAAGAUGGAAGAGUUAGAAAUAUUUACUUUCCUUUCGACAUUGAGACUGAUACUGCAUUAAGUGUAGCAACCGAAAUGGUAGCAGAAUUGGAUAUAAUAGAUUAUGAUGUGACUAGAAUAGCAGAAAUGAUCGAUGAUGAAGUAUCUUCUUUAGUCCCAGAAUGGGAGCCAGGGCCUGGUAUAGCUGAAACUCCACGAUUUGCUCCUGCAAAUGAUGGCUUAUGUGGGCAUUGCGCUUCAAACGUAUCGUCUUGUGGUUCACUUCUCGAUUUCAUUUCAAAAGCUCAGGGCUUUGGUAACAUUCAGUCAGUUAAUUGUUCUAACCUUGAGUGUGCAGCAAUGCACGGGCGAUUUGAGGAGAUUUCAUAUCAAAUGGAGGGGUCCGAGGAGCAGUGUAUGAUGGAAGGAGCACCUGGACUAUCUACUAGUCAAUCUGAUGAGCCUGAUGUUUGCUCUCAAGCACACUCUGAUGAAGAUUUUGAAGGUCCAGAUGAUGAACAUAGUCGAACUAUAAAAUCUAUGGGAGAUCUGGACACAAAUUUGUCUGAUGAUUAUGAGAAUGAGAUUCGUCAAGAGCUGAGAUGGCUCAAGGCUAAGUAUCAGAUAGAACUAAGAGAUCAUAAAAAUCGACAAUUGGGAGGAUCAAGAAGAGUUCGGCAUCCCUCUCCAGACGUGCAAAAUAGAGAUUGUUCUUCUUCAGAUACACGAUUACAAGUGUUUGAAGAAAAACUGAUGAGCGCUAAUCGGAGCUUAGUUUUCUCGAGCUGCCCAAAUCUGGAAGCCCAAAGGGAUCAAGAUUGUGAGGCGAAUGUUGACGAGUGUCCCGAGCAAUUCACAGCGAAGAAUUUCUAUGCAAAUGGAUCAAUUCUACCAAACUGCCUCAAUAGAACUAAGUCUCUUCCUGUUGAUGCAGUUGAUGUCUGAUAACUUGGAUAUUUAUGUAAUUUGUUGUAUUAUUAGACUGUAGGUAUCCCUUCAUCGCAUCAGAUAUGUAACAUUCUGCUUUACGGAGAAUGUGACUGUGUAAAUUGAAGAGGCCAAACUAGUAAAGAGAGGCUUUUCAUUUCUUUCAACAUAUUCCAAUAUCUUUUCUUGGUUUUCUUU